CCCCAGACCCUCCCCCCUACCCCCCAUGUCGCAGGAUCAAGUCCCCAAGACGGAAAACCUGGCCACCCAACCCCCCGCUCCACCCCCAUCACCCCGUAAACACGCCUCCGCACCCCGGGUCUCUCACAGCCCGCCGUUCCCCCAGCUCCUGUCCCAAGUCCAAGCCACCCCUGCAGCAGGACAGCUGUAGCUAUCAGGAGGCAGGCGGCCAUCCCUGAGGUGUGGGGGGUGGGGGGUGGGCGGGGGGCCCUUGGCCCCGCCCCGGGCCCUGCAACUCGACCCCGCUGCGACCCCCGGCUCUGACGUCUCGGAAAAUUCCCCCCUGCCCAGGCCCCCAGGGGAGGGGGUACAUGGUAUGAAAUGGGGCUGAGACCCCUGGUCGGGGACAGAGAAACCCGCCAGAGAACAUUCACAAGGAGCAUCCAUGGACUUCUGGAACUGGGAUGAAGCGUCUCCACAGGAAGUGCCCCCAGGGAACAGGCUGUCAGGGCUGGAAGGAGCUGAACUCGGCUUCUAUUUCCCCGAACUGGCGCUCCCCGGGGACACGCUAAUAGCGGAGACACGCUGGAAAGGUGGCUGUGGGCUGGGACUCCUGGGAGCUGAGGAAGGGCUCCCACAGCCGGACUGGGGCUCCGCGUUACCGCACCCAGAAGCUCCAUGGGGGGCGGAGCCCGCCCCGCAGGCUCUUCGGUGGUCGGGAGACUGGACAGACUUGGCGUGCACGGGCUCGGACCCUUCGAGCGGCGUCUCCCAGGCCCUGGGCCCCGCCCCUCCCGGCCUGGGUCCCGCCCCCUUAGCUGGUGCUGCGGGGGCCGCGGACCAGAACUGGACCACCUCCGGGGGAGGGACCAACUCGUGGUCCCGCGCCCAGGCCGCCGCCAGCUCCUCCACCAACUGGGACUGUUCUAUUGGCCUCGACGGCCCCACCUACUGGGGCAAGGGCCGCCGCGGGGAGCCGAGCGCGGACUCUACCAUUUCGUUGGGUGGGCCUGCGGGCUCAGACUAUACCACCUCCUGGGUCUCGGGGCUGCAAACGGACUGCAACACCUCUUCAAAGGGGUACCAGACUUCAGAUCUCACCACGUCCUCCGAACCAAGCCAGCAGUCGGGCGGCGUAACCGUGGCUUGUUACCCCAAAAAUAACCACCGAGGUCCCAUUCAGCUGUGGCAGUUCCUCCUGGAGCUGCUCCGAGACGGGGAGCGUAGCAACUGCAUCCGCUGGACUGGCAACAGCCGCGAGUUCCAGCUGUGUGACCCCAGAGAGGUGGCGCGGCUGUGGGGUGAGCGCAAGAGGAAACCCGGCAUGAACUACGAGAAACUGAGCCGAGGCCUACGCUACUACUACCGCCGCGACAUAGUGCGCAAGAGCGGUGGGCGCAAGUACACGUACCGUUUCGGGGGCCGAGUGCCCGGCCUGGCCUGUCCGGACUGCGCGGGGGGUGGACCGGGAGGAGCGACCCAAUAAAAAAUCCCAUCAAACUA